AUGGAGAAUAAUUUGGAACUUCGAAAGGUCGGCGAGGAGAUGACGACGGGGAAAAUUGGAGAAAUUGAUCAAGAACUCGACGCCAAUCAAUACAUGGAUAUCGACGAAUUCAUGGGAGUUUUACGAGACGUCGAGUUGAUAACCCCAUUUGGGAAGCUUGAAUCAACGGCCGCAGAUAUGGUCCAGAUUGAUGAUAAAGCUGUCGAAUUAGAACAUCGUUGUACAGAACGGAGUGAUCAUAGAUGUUCGGGAAUUGGUCGAGACUUGAAGACAAAACCCACCGUGCUACAGGUUGUAGAAACAGUACUAAGCUCCCACAAAAGCUCAUGCAAGGCACCCUCUCCUUGCUCGAAACAGCGCACUCAAAAAGUUUUAGAGGAUGCCAUAAUGACAAAUUACUUGUUUUGUUUAGUUAGUCAAAAUGGAGAUUCAAGCUGA